AGUAUAGUUCGAAAAAUCUGGCAAUCAUCUAAUAGACGUCUGCCGUAAAGGAAAGGCGUUGGUCAUAUGGUUUUUUAUUUAUUAAAUAUUACAAACCUGUCAAAGUGUCAAAAUUUCUCUAAAAAGGAUCUAAAUAACAAAAUAAAUUCUUAUCAAGAUGGCUGCAAGCUUUGAUCCCUAUGAUAAACACAGCUGGUAUUUUGGACCAUUGACAAGGCAGGAAGCAACUGAUAUACUGUUGGGUGAAAUAGAAACUGGUGUUUUUCUUGUCAGAAAUAGUGCAACUAUUCAUGGAGACCUUGUUCUUUGUGUUAGAGAAGACAGUAAAGUAAGCCAUUAUAUUAUCAACAGAGUUCAGCAAGAUGAUCAGACGAGAUUUAGAAUCGGAGAUCAAAUGUUUCCAGAUGUACCAUCUCUCUUAAAUUUCUACAAAUUACACUAUUUAGAUACUACUCCAUUAAUUAGGCCUGCUCCUAAAAAACUUGAAAAAGUUAGAGCUAAAUAUGAUUUUGAUGGAAGUGGAGAUCCUGAUGACUUACCAUUCAAAAAAGGAGAAAUACUUACUGUAAUUUCAAAAGAUGAAGAUCAGUGGUGGACAGCUAAAAACAGUUUAGGACAAACUGGAUCUAUACCUGUCCCAUACAUUGAAAAGGUGGAUGAUAAUUUUUUACCUGAUGGUGUACAAAAUAGUCAACCCCCUACUUCUGGACAAACACAACGAUCUUCGACAGAUCCAACACGGUAUAAUACUCCUAAUAUACAAAGAAUGCUACCAGCAUUAGCAAGAGUUAAACAAGCUAGAGUACCUAAUGCUUAUGACAAGACAGCUUUAAAGUUAGAGGUUGGAGAUAUAAUUAAAGUCACAAAAAUGAACAUAAACGGACAGUGGGAAGGAGAGUUGAAAGAUAAAGUUGGUCAUUUCCCUUUCACGCAUGUGGAGUUUCUGGAUUCAGAUAAUCCAGAUGAGGAAGAACCCUAACUGAUUCUUGAAACUCCUGACAAUAUUUUUUUCUUUUUGCCAAAGAACCACUGUGAGAGACAUUAAUUAUCACACACUUAGCCACCUUAACACCCUUCGAGCAAAUGAACUCUUUGUCCCCCCCCUUGUAAAUAUAUGGAGUGGUUGGUGUCAAUUUUUGUCAAACUUUUUAGCUCAAAGUUACUUUUUUUUUAAAAAGAAAUAAAUGGAACAGAAAAAAAAAGCAAAGCAUGAGGGAGAAGUGUGCAAAUUUGUCAUGUCCUGCAUGUUCAAUGACAAUCUUAUUUUUUUUUCUUCCUUGCCAUUUAGAAUGAAGCUAGUCACUAAACAAUGAGUAUUUUUGUUUUGUUUGUCAGUGGUCAGGGGCAGGCUGUUAACAGGGAUGCACAACUUCCGGCCAGUGACCCUUAAAGCCAUUUAAUUUGGCCUCUGAACUGUCUUUAAUAUUAAUAAGUAUUAAUAAAGAUAUGAAAAAAGUAAGACAUCUUUUUUAUAACCAUGCUCUAGCUCUGUAACAUUAAGUUCCUGAUCUAGUUUAGAUUUUUCUGAGUGCUUGAUUGUAACAUUUUUUUUUAUUUGGAUCAUUGUUUGCUGCAAAAUGUGAUUUUAUAAUUUCAAAGUUUCAAUCAUAACCUUCACACAAAUUUGAUACUUCAUUUGUAUACUUAAUAAAAAAUUUUGUUUUUUGAAUACUUAGCUUUAAAGUUAACUUUUAAAGUGAAAAUUAUUUUUGACUUCCUUUUUUUUUAAUAUCUGUCUAACUAUAACUGAAAUCUAUAACGUAAACUUAUAGAAAUAUGUGAUUUGGUUUAUCUUUAUUAAAUAUUUUACACCUGAGUAAAAAAAAAGAAAAAAGAAUCAGCUAUAAUUAAGUAGUCAAUCAUAUUAUUUCAAACAGUCUUAACACACCUUACAUUUUUAUAAUUACUUAUGUUGGCUUACUAUAUGGUAUUCUCUAGUUACUGUGGUCCACUAGCAAGAAUGAUUGUGCGUCCCUGCUGUUAUGGUAAGUAAAGGUUUGAAAUAAUGGUAUUAUAUUAGGUUGUAUUUGAAUGGUAUCAUAAUGUUAUCCUAUUUUGCAGGUUAUUAUUUAUUGUUUACUGAAUAUGUUCUCUUGUUAAUCUGAAUUUUUUUUCUUCUGUUGAAUAUGAAGUGAAUGAUUUUAUUUUUACUUAUAGUUUAUAAUUUCAAAGGAUUGAUUACUUUUUAUUAGAAGAGGAAUAAAUAAAUUUUUAUUAUUUGUUUAAAUAUGUAAAUUUUAUUAUGGUAUCCGACUAUCCCCCUCUCCAAAUUUUUGUAGAAUCUUUGGAGUGUAUUAUUUUCACAGCAAAAAAAUCAAUUUUAUUUUUUAACUUAGGAGUGCACAACCUGAAAAACGUUUGCCUUUAUUAGCUGCAAAGAAUCAUUCUUUUAUGUAACCAGAAAAAAAAAAAACUUAAAAAUUAAAUGACAAUGCUUAUAAUAUUUUUGUAUUAAAAAACAUUUGAAUUUGGCAUUUUUUUCCCCUUUUGAACUGCACAUUUCCCACUUUCUUUGUAGAAAUUUCUUUUUAUAUAUAUAUUUUUUAAUGGUUAGAAUAGAAGUUACUAUCAUUAAUUUUUUAAUAGAUCAAGGUUAUGUUGAGAUUUAAUUGUUUUAACAUUUGAUGUAAGUACCUGCAUUUUUUGUGUGAAAUUUACAGUUAUAUUGUCAGUGUUCUUAAAGUUUAUUGAAAUCAAUUUUUCCAUUUUUUUUUUUUGUUGGAAGACAAGGAUUUAUAGCUUGUGCACUCUUAUUUUAAAUUAGAACUUCUCGUUAUAUAUAUUAUUUUCUUAUUUAAAAGUAUAAAAGGUGUUAUAAUUUUUAUCUAGAAAUCCUUUUUUAGUUUCUUAUUAAUAAAAUAUUAGUUUAAAUGUAUUUCUCAUAUUUAUGAUACUUCAGCCUGCCUCUGCAUAACUAAUAAGCUUCUUAGAUUCUCCGUUGAUUAAAAUUCUUUGCAAUUGAAGGCAAGAAUUGUGGCUAACUGCUCUGUGAGAAUUUUUAUCAUUAAAAGUGUGAUGGAAUUGCACAUGUAAUGUGUGAUAACUGCACAUUUAUGUAAAGUUUUAUUGCUCACAUUUUAUAUUGCUGGAAUUACAAUAUAUAUAUAUUACAAGUGUAGUAUAAAAGUUUUGAAAUUUAUUUUUGAACUUGUGUGAUCAAUCAUGUAUGUUUUGUUUAUUAAAAAUCAAUUUAAAUUUUAAUCACUGAUAUGAAAUUAAUUUUUUAAAAUUUGUUUUAAAAUAGAACAAAAAUAAGUUUUAUGUUUGUAAAAUAUUUUUUUCUUUCAAUUACAAUUUUCUGUAACUUUUUAACUUUAUAGGCAUACCCUUUUUUAGUUCCUUAGUUCAUAUUAUACCUGUUACCAAAUCUUUUUAAAUUUUUAUUUUUUGAGUUAAGCUAUUUUUGACAACAGAAAAAAAAAGUCAGUUCUAGUUUAAAAUUAUAAUUUUCCCAUUUGUUGGUAUAUUUUUCAAAAUCAUUCAUUUGAAAUUUAUGCACUCAUUUUAAGCAAAUUAUCAAUUUUAUCUGAUUAUGUCAAUUUUUCUCAUGAACUAUUUUUAAACGUUAAUUUUAAUCAUCAUAAAUUAUUUCAUAUCAGUAAAUAUCUGGUCAAAUUGUGGCUUCUUUUUGGUUUGUAUGUAUAUUUUUAUUUUAUUGUUGAAUGAUUUGAAUUUUUGAUGUUCACUGGUUGACUCUACCGAAACUAUAGUUUUUAUCAGUUGCAUUUAGUUUUUUUUUUCUUCGGUUUAUUAAGAGAGAAUUUAAAUUAUUAAUUAUACUUGCAAAUUUUAACUCUAAUCAGAUAUAAAUAUUUAAAUUUACUGUAAUUUUUGCAUGGUAUACAGUUAUAAAAUUUAUUUAAGUGCUUGCGUAUAGUUCAAAAUUUGAACUACUAUUAUUCUAUUUAAAUUGAAAAUUACUAUUUUAUGUAAAAGGCAACAUAGCGAAAAGUUUUGCUAAAGAUUUCAUAAUCAUUUAAGCUUUGUGAUAAAAUUCACAUUAAAAAAAUUUAGUUAUAACUAUGGAAACGGCACCAGGUUCUAAAAAUAUCAUUUCCUAGAGCCCUGGGCGAAUUAUAUCUGGCCAGCUCUAUAGAAAACUCAUUGCAAACUGCCACCAUCUACCAUUAAUUUUUUUAAAAAAAUUUCUACUUAACAAAUUUUGAAAAGCACUGUCCAAAUAAACUAUGUCCAGAUUAUUUUUCAAUUCAAUUUAACACAAUGCAUUAUAAGCAAACUAUUAUUAGUGAUAUAGGUGUCAAAAUAACUUAUGUAUAAUACACAUUUGUUGAACCUUGAUUAUUCCAAAUUGUGCACUAAAGUGUGACAUUUUUGUCUUAUCUUAUACCCACUUUUGGGUAGUUCAAUUUUUCUUGAAACCAUUUUCUAAUCUAUGGUCCUUUUACUUUUAAAGUAUAAAAUUUUAGUCCACUUGUGGUCCCACGUACUAAGCAACUUAUUGCAAUUUACAUUUGCAGUGUUAAUACGCUAUUGGAAAGUUGAUUGUUUUUUUAACGAGUGUUGGAAUGAAAUUGGAAAAAAGAAGGUUUUUCUAUGCAAUUAUAAUGUAUGUUUUGUUUUCUCUAACUUUUUAACAGAUUAAAAAUUCUUAUCAAAAAAGUAACAUUUUGAUAAUUAUUAUCAUUAUUUGAUUAAAUUGCUUAUCAUUUACGCUUCAAAUUGCUUAUAUAUCUGCAAUGCCCAUAAAAGUACAGUAUUAAUUUUUUUUAAUUUAGCCCCUUCAGGAUCAACACGAUCACAUGAUUUUUUUUCCAUGUCCCUGAGUAUCUUAGAUGAAAGGAGCCUUUCCGAAUCCUGUGGCCUUAGAUCACACAGUUGUGUUCUCAAUUUAGUACUACUUUUGUGUUACAACCCAUAUUUGCGUGUAUGUGGAUACUUUAGUUUGUAUAUUCUCAGAACAUGUGGGCCUAAAAAAAUGCUUCUUUCUCCUUUUACCUGUUUUGAAGCAGUUAAAUU